GGUACUUGGUAUUUAUUUAUUUCUCACUUUUUUUUAGUAGUGGAUUAGUCAUUUUCGCAGCCAAACACAGCCUAUUAUUAUGUCAUCAGUUAUACUGAGACCUCCAUUUCCAUUAUAAAGCUUCCCGAUACGCUUUUCUCUACCAAUCGCUCUCUCAAUCAUUCGCUCCCGCUCUUCUGUGCGAUUGGGAAGGAAAAAGAAAAUUAGGGUUUCAUAUUUCUGACGCCCUUUUUUCCUCGAAGAUCUAUCGUUGCUGUGAUUUUCUUUCUAAUUAGAUAAUGAAGCCAGGAGCGUCCACUUUGAAUCCUUAUGCAGCAUCAUAUAUACCACUCUCAAAAAGAAAUGCAGGUGAUAAUACUGAAGUUCCUGGAGUGACCUUAAGGGGUGUUAAAUUUGUUAAUGCCCAGAACAGUUAUCACGACAAAGCAUCUCAUCACUCUCAUGUCCAUGUCAAUGAGAAGCUAUCUUUGCCAGAAGUUUCUACACUGAAGGGCCACACUGCUCUAUCAUCACAUAUUCCAAAUGAGAUGAGAGAUAAGCAGAUGGUGGAUAUGGAAUUUGACAUGGACAUGGAAUAUCUUCGAAUGUUGUUUCCUGGUGUAUCUGAUCAGUCCCUCGCUGAUGUGUAUUUGCACAGUGGCGGUGACAUGGAUACCACUAUGGACAUGCUAAACCAUCUUGAGUGUUACUUUGUUGAGUCUUCUGACAAUCUUCCAGACACUUUGGACAUUGGCGAUGUUGCGGUUUCUGGCUCUUCAGCAGAGUGUUCAUCUUCAAAAUUGAAGAAUGCUGUGGAUAAAGCCAGGCCAUUGUAAUUUGAUAGACUUUUUAAGUCGUUCCUCCUUGAACAUCGUGAAUUUGACCGAUGGGUUGUUGGUGUAUAGUUCUUUAGGUUUUUUGGUCCAAAUAUUUUCACCUGUCAUUGGAUUUUUGUUUUUCUGUUUGAUGGUUCAAUACCCCUUGAGCAGUUAUGUUACAGGUUUCAGGUUUAUGAAAUGGAACCAAUCUUAGUUUGAUAAUUGAGAGCUCUGGUUUUUGUGUCUUGGAACUGAUAUCCGAUGUAAGCAGCUUAGGUAUCAAAUGGAAAGCCUGGGUAUUUGUAGUGAGACUAGUCAUUGUUGCAUAUCUUUUCUUUCAUUUUCAAAGCAAGAUCAUGAAUCAUGAUCAUCAAUUGGCUGUA